AAAAUGGCGACGACUGGCGUUGUGGAGUAUUUUCGUGUGGAAGAAUAAUGUUUUUAUCAUUGGAAAGUAGCCGAAAUUAAAUCAUCGUGGAGUUAAGUAAUUAAGAAUCAGUGUGUGAUUGUGCGGCAGUGAAAUUACACUCAAAAAUGGACCAGGGACCUACAGAUACGGAGCUGCGGAAUAUAAUUGACAAACUGGCUCAGUUCGUUGCUCGCAAUGGACCGGAGUUCGAGCAGAUGACGAAAAAUAAACAGAAGGACAACCCGAAAUUUGGUUUCCUGUUCGGUGGCGAGUACUUCAACUACUACCAGUACAAAGUGACGACGGAGCAAGCCAUUUUAAAGCAAAAAGGAAUAAAUCCAAUGCAAAAUGCAGAUCCACGUUUAAACGUUUCGCAGCAGCAGCAAGCGGCAUCACCCGUUUCACAGCUGAAGAGCGUCCCUCUUACACCAGGCGUAACUGCUCAAAACAAUGGAUUGAAUCAAGUGGUCGGAAUCGGAUCGGCUGGCGCGCCCAGUUCAGUUGUGACUGUGCCAAUCGGGGGCCCGGCUAGCGCUGCGCCGACAAUGGGACCCGCUGCGGCAAUUGGAACGGCUGCCCUGACCGGCGUCACACCAGGAGUUAACGGGCCUCCAGGCUGGCUUCAGAAUGAACUCGCGAAUCUUCAGUCGCAGCAGAGUACUCUUCAGGAACAAGUGAGACAGUCGGAGCAGAAUUUGGCUGCGCAGCAUGCUGCUUUGAUGGCACAGCAGCAGGGAAGAGUUGAGGAAGCCGUGAAGCAGGCGCAAGAAACUAAUCUGCAAAAUAGUGCACAGAGCACGAGCACUGACCUGGCAGCCUUUGAAGCAGUUCUGCAGCCGAUUAUCGAGAGUUGCACGAAAGAUAGCAUCAGUGCUGGCAAGGCCUGGAUUCUACAGAAUUCAAUCACUCCGGAAAGCAACCAAGUAGUCGCUGACCAUUUGCUGAAAAAAGUAAUUCAGGGAUCAGCAUUCAGCCAAAAAUUGCACAUUGUCUACUUAGUAAAUGAUGUUCUCCAUCACUGCUUACGUAUGUCCCUUAGCGCCCGAAAAAAGUCGAUGGAUCUCCGUAAAGCGAUGGAGAGUGUGGUGGUUCCUAUGUUUUGCAACGCCUCAUUGGCAGCUUCCGAGGAGCAGGUCAAUAAGCUGAACAAACUCCUGAGUCUUUGGGAGUCGAAGAAUAAUUAUUUCGACGAGGGGAUCAUUGAAAAAUUGAAAAAACCAAGCAGCUCCUGGUCGGAGUACCAGGCGAGUUUGGUAUCACUGCAUGCAAGUUCAAUAACUCCAAUCACAACGACGACGAAACAGACAUUUGACAAUUAUCAGGCUCAGCAUCAGGCAUUUGUAAAUCAUGCCUUGAGGCAGAUUCAGACUAUAGAGCAACAAAAAAUUGCUAUUGAUCAGCAACUCAAUGCUCCACCACCACCACCUCCAGCAUUGAAUCCACCAAGUAUAGCUCCGCCCAGUCUUCCUGCAGCAGCGCCAAUAAGUGGAGACUUGAAUUUUACCCAACCUCCACCAGGAUGGGGAGCUCCAGCAGCUACAGAUCCUCCUCCGUUUACAACUGUACCUCUACCAGACUUUUCCAAACCACCGCCUGGCUUUGGACCGCCACCUCUGAUCCAUGAACCUUCCGUGGAGGACCUGUUGCCCAGCAUGCCCUAUUUUGAAUUACCGGCUGGUCUGAUGGUACCUUUGAUCAAAUUAGAAGACGGAGAGUACCGACCACUCGAUCCAGAUGCCAUCAGGCUGCCUCCUCCAGCUCCACCUAGCGAUCGUUUGGUGGCUGCUGUCGAGGCAUUUUACGCUCCACCGAAUCACGACUCUCCGAGAGAUAGUGACGGUUGGGAAAAAUUAGGUUUAUACGAGUACUUUAAGGCAAAGAAUGCAGCGCGUAAGCGAAAGGAGGAGGAUAUAAGUGCCGGAGUGAGGGAAAAGACGAGAUCGCCCUCGCCAAUUUCAAGGCCCCGAUCGAAAAGUCCAAGUCCACCAAAGAAAAGAUACAGGAGUAAGUCCAGGAGUAGGUCCAGAUCGAGGUCAAAGGGAAGAAGCAGGUCGAGGUCGCCCACGUCAAAUCACAGACGUAAUAAUCGAAAUGCCAAUCACAACAGCAGAAGUAAAAGAAGACGGAAUAGCAAUAAGGAGAGAAGUCCGGAGAGGAGAGACAGACAGGAUCGUAGUCCAUCUCCACCCAGUUUUCUAGGUUCCAAUUACAAUAAAGGAGGGCAGGAGUCAAGUCUAGAUGAAAGUAACAAGGGUCAUCAGCUAUUGAAGAAAAUGGGAUGGGGUGGUGCAGGAUUGGGAGCAAAUGAGCAAGGAAUCGAGGCACCAAUUUCCGGAGGUGAAAUCAGGGACAGAAACGAUCAGUAUAAAGGAGUGGGUCUCAAUAUAAACGACCCUUACGAGAACUUCCGGAAGAGCAAGGGGCAGGCUUUCAUCACGAGGAUGAAGGCAAGAGCGGAGGAACGCGCGGAAGAAAGAGGAGACUGAAGUCGGUUCAAAAGGAAAAGAAAGAAGGAAAAAAAAGAACUCUAAAUUAUUGAACUCUGUUAACUACGGCUCCCCCCCCCUUUUUUUUUAGUGCGCAAUGUUGAACAAAUCGUAAGUAGAGAAAUUUUCAUGAAUUAAUUGUUAAAAGAGAAGUACCUCAAGUGGAAGGUAUUCUAAUGGCUCUUCCAUUUUUAUUCUAAUGGAGUCGACGAGCACUAUUUUAUCACACAAUAUACUCAAGACAAAGGGCGGUCUCCUUUUUUUUUUAUUUUCAUACUCCCGUUUUUUGUUGUUUUUUUUUUCGACUACAUUAUUUCGAUACCCAGUCAGCCAACCAUCAAUUUGUGUCUAAAAUGAAGAAUUUCCAAACGCUGAAACCGUCGGAUUCUAGAGAUAGUUGGAGCGAUUGCAGUUCUUUAAUUGAAUAUGUUGAUUUAUUUUGACAAUGAUCUUGUGAAAUUGUUUUCCUAAUGAUAUAGGAAAUUUCGAGUGAUUCUUUGAUAGAAAAGGGUCCGAUGGCGCCCUUCGUUUUGCAUUUGAAUUCAAACUCCAUCUAGCAAGUUUCGAUAAAAUCUGAUUGCAAAAGUUUGCAGUCGAAAUACGUGUAUUUAUAGAUGUUCUGAAUGAUAAUUAUAUUGAAUACAUAAUGAUAACUCGAGAAUAAAACACUGUACAUUUGAUAUAAAAAGAA